AUGGUACGCUCGACCACCAUCUGCAGAGCGUCCGACUCUCUCCCUUUGGCCGCCAGCGUCGACGAUGAGGAUACGGAACAACUAUUGCAAGAACACAAGCAACAGGUCAAGCUCAUAUGUCGGCGCAUAACAUCAAAUGCUGAGCCUCGGUGCUCAAUUGAAAGUGGACCUUUCACUCUGCACUACCUCAUCGCAGACAAUGUCGUGUACUUUGUGAUCACGGACAAGUCGUAUCCUCGAAAACUUGCCUUUUCAUACCUUGACGAACUAUCCAAAGAGUUUGCGACGACAUACGGACCCAAGGUUGAAACCGUACGGAAGCCAUAUGCGUUUGUGGGGUUUGAUACGUUUAUGUCGAAAACUGCACGCCUCUACCAAGAUACACGGACAGCUAGCGCUGCAAAUGCAUCAGGCAUGGACAAGCUGAACGACGAAUUACAGGACGUUACGAGAAUCAUGACGAAGAACAUGGAGGAAUUGCUAUGGAGAGGGGACUCACUGGACCGGAUGUCCCAUUUAUCAACUUCCUUACGCUCGGAAUCAGAAAAGUACCGUAAGGCCGCUCGCAACAUUAACUUCCAAGCCAUGUUACGACAAUAUGCCCCCCUUGGUGCAGUAGCUUUCAUCCUCAUAAUCUUACUGUGGUGGAGGUUCUCGUAA